AAGCCCACCCCCCCCCCUCCGAACAACCCACCCCAAAACCCCCGACCCAAACCCCGACGCUCCCAGCCGAGCCCGACCCGGCCGCUCCCGCAUCCCGGCCAUGGGCAACGCGGCCGGGGGCAUGGAGGGGGGGGCUGGGGGGCGGGAGAGCCGCGACACCCGGCUGCCCGUGCCCCCCCCGAGCGCCGCCACCGCCCCGUCGCCCCCCCGGCAGCCCAUGCCCGCCCCCGCCGAGCUGGAGGAGCGCUUCGGCCGCGUCCUGAACUCCAUGAACCUGCCCCCAGACAAGAUGAAGCUGCUCAACCAGUACGACAAUGAGAAGAAGUGGGAGCUCAUCUGCGACCAGGAGCGUUUCCAGGUGAAAAACCCACCGUCCGCCUACAUCCAGAAGCUAAAGAGCUACUUGGACACGGGUGGUGUAAGCAGGAAGGUGAGGGCUCCCCCUUGCACCCCUUUUCCCCAUCCCGGGUCGGGUGCGGGGACGGUGCCAACGGCUCUCCCCGUCCCACAGUUCAAGAGGCGAGUGCAGGAGUCGACGCAGGUGCUCCGGGAGCUGGAGAUUUCCUUGAGGACCAACUACAUCGGCUGGGUCCAGGAGUUCCUCAACGAGGAGAACAAGGGACUGGACGUGCUGCUGGAGUAUCUCGCCUUCGCCCAAUGCUCCGUCGCGUACGACAUGGAGAGCGCCGAGAACGGCAGCCCGGGCUCCGACAAGGGCAAGGUCCUGGAGCGGUCGCUGGAGGACCUGAGCAAAAGCAGCUCCUCGUCCCCCACCCAGGGCUCCUCCAAAGUGCGGCACCUCACCGUCAGGCUGAACCCCUCGCACAGCAGGAAGACACUGAGGAACUCCCGCCUCGUCAGCCAGAAGGACGACGUCCACGUCUGCAUCAUGUGUCUCCGCGCCAUCAUGAACUACCAGUCUGGCUUCAGCCUGGUGAUGAACCACCCAGCCUGCGUCAACGAGAUCACCCUGAGCCUCAAUAACAAGAACGCCAGGACCAAGGCGCUGGUGCUGGAGCUGCUGGCCGCCGUCUGCCUGGUCCGAGGUGGCCACGACAUCAUCCUGGCCGCCUUCGACAACUUCAAAGAGGUCUGCGGGGAGAAGAACCGCUUUGAGAAGCUGAUGGAGUAUUUCCGAAACGAGGACACCAACAUCGACUUCAUGGUGGCCUGCAUGCAGUUCAUCAACAUCGUGGUGCACUCGGUGGAGAACAUGAACUUCCGCGUCUUCCUGCAGUACGAGUUCACCCACCUGGGGCUGGACCACUACCUGGAGACCCUCCGUCUCACCGAGAGCGACAAGCUGCAGGUGCAGAUCCAAGCCUACCUGGACAACGUCUUCGAUGUGGGGGCCAUGCUGGAGGACUCAGAGACCAAGACAGCCGUGCUGGAGCACAUGGAGGAGCUGCAGGAGCACGUCAGCCAGUUGACGGAGAAGCUGCAGGAUGCGGAGAACGACUCCAUGGCCAAGAUAGCGGAGCUGGAGAAGCAGCUGAGCCAGGCGCGGCGGGAGCUGGAGGCGCUGCGGGAGCAGCUGAGCCCACCGCGGCCCCCCAGCCCGCCGGCCCCGCAGCCCCAGGAGUGCUACCGGCUGGCGCUGGAGCGGCGGCUGGCGGAGCUGGAGGAGAAGGGCUUGGUGCAGAUCCUGCGUGGGCCUGAUGGAGAUGUCGCCAUCGAAAUCGUCCCCGUUGUCAUAGAAACCCCGGCAGCCCCCGUGGUUACCGGAGAGGCCACCACCGCCACCGCCACCACCAGCACCGCCAGCACAGAUGCUCCAGCUCCGGCCCCGGCCCCGUCUCCCCCACCAGCACCCGCCGCCCCCCCGGCCUCCCCCCCUCCACCCCCACCGCCGCUGCCCGGGGCUGAGCCCGGCCCCCCGCUGCCCCCCCCACCCCCGCUGCCCACAGGCACCGGACCCCCCCCAGCCCCUCCGCUUCCGGGUGCCCAAGUGCCACCACCCCCCCCACUGCCCCCGGGGGGGCUGGAGGGCCCCGUCCCCCCCCCUCCGCCACCCCCACCCCUCGGCGGGGAGCUCCCAGCUGCGCCGGGUGCCCCCCCCAGCACUGGUGGUUCAGUGAAGGUGAAGAAGCCGAUCCAGACCAAGUUUCGCAUGCCCGUCUUCAACUGGGUGGCACUGAAGCCGAGCCAGAUCGAUGGCACCGUCUUCACCGAGCUCAACGACGAGAAGGUGCUGCAGGAGCUGGACAUGAGUGACUUUGAGGAGCAGUUCAAGACCAAGGCGCAGGGUCCCGGCUUGGACAUCAGUGCCCUCAAAGUGAAGGCCACGCAGAAGGCUCCCAGCAAGGUCACUCUCAUGGAGUCCAACCGAGCCAAGAACCUGGCCAUCACCCUCCGCAAGGGCGGCCGCAGCAUCCAGGACAUCUGCACAGCCAUCGAGACGUAUGACCAGCAAGCCCUGAGCCUCGACUUUCUGGAGCUGUUGCUGCGCUUCCUGCCCACUGAGUACGAGCGGACACUCAUCGGGAAGUUUGAGCGGGAGCAGCAGUCGCUGGAAGAGCUCUCGGAUGAGGACCAGUUCAUGAUCCGCUUCAGCAAGAUCCCGCGCCUGGUCGAGCGCAUGAAUGUCAUGAUCUUCCUGGGCAACUUCAACGACACGGCCCAGCUGCUCAUGCCGCAACUCAACGCCAUCAUCGCCGCCUCCAUGUCCCUCAAGUCCUCCAGCAAACUGCGCAACAUCCUCGAGAUUGUCCUGGCCUUUGGGAACUACAUGAACAGCAGCAAGCGCGGGGCAGCCUACGGCUUCCGGCUGCAGAGCCUGGAUGCGCUGCUGGAGAUGAAGUCGACAGACCGCAAGCAAACGCUGCUGCAUUACCUGGUGCGGGUGAUCACAGAGAAGUACCCCGAGCUGACCGGCUUCCACACCGAGCUGCACUUCCUUGACAAGGCGGGCACAGUGUCCCUGGACAGCGUGUUGCAGGACGUGCGGAGCCUGCAGCAGGGGAUGGAGCUGACCCGCAAGGAGUUCAUGCGGCAGGACGACAGCCCUGUGCUCAAGGACUUCCUCAAGGUCAACUCGGAGGUGAUGGAGAAGCUGCAGGCUGACAGCAAAACCACCAAGGAGGCGUACGAGUCGGCUGUGGAGUACUUUGGGGAGAACCCCAAGACCAGUCCCCCCACCACCUUCUUCCCCAUGUUCAUGCGCUUCAUCAGAGCCUACAAGAAAGCGGAGCAGGACAUCGAGCUGUGGAAGAAACAAGAGGCCGCGGCCAAAGAGGCAGAAUCCGGCCCCCCCGGCAGCGAGGACCGGCCCGAGCUGCCCACCCAGAAAGCCAAGCGGCAGCAGAUGGACAUGAUCGCCGAGCUGAAGAAGAAGCAGAUGGUGAAGGAGCCGCUCAUCUACGAAGGAAAAGACGGGGCCAUCGAGGAUAUUAUUUCAGCUCUGAAAACUGUUCCUUUCACGGCCCGGACGGGCAAGCGCUCGUCCCGGCUCUUCUGCGACGUGAGCUUCAACGAGGAGAGUCCUCUAUUUGCGGAACAACCCUUACCGGCGCGCAGACAAGGGCCGCAGCAGCGCCAAGAAACGGGCUGCGGGGCAGACCCUGCAGGCGACACCGGACAUCUCGCUGUGACUGGCGCCGUCCCCGCAGCUGCCAGGACCGCGGCAGGACCGUCCUCCCGCUGCAGAUGGGACCGCAGGACAUCAACCCGCCGGCCCGGGACGACACGGGGCGCAGGGACGGUGCCCGCUCCUACCUGCUCCAGCCGCUUCGCGUGCCGGCUCCCACCCUGCAUGCCCUUGGGUCCGGCCCAAGGAUCCCCCGGCGCUUGCUUAGCAAUGCCUCUGAGCUCCUCUCCCCCGGGCUGGCAGGGCCGUGGGACCCUCCUGGGUAUGAGCAGGGAGGGGGGGGCACAGAAUGGGCCCCAACUUGUCCUGGAAGGAAAAGAGGGGCUGCCCCAUCCCUACCCCGGAGCUGCUCCAUUGCACGCCUGUCUCAGGGUCAGCCCUGCACGCCGGCGUGCCCCACUCUUCAGCUUGCUGGUGCCUUCGAUUUCCCGCCGCAGGAGGGGAGGAGGGCUGUAAGCCAGGGACGCAGCCGUCCCUGCACAUCUCCCCCGGCCUUGCCGAGCCCUUGGAGACCCGUGUUCUCCUCCACUGCAGAGCCGAGCAGGCACGGGCUGCGCCUCCUCUCCAGCGAGGAGCCUGCUGCAACGAUCCCGCCCUGGGCACUUCCCGUACCCCAGGAGCUGGCAGGGGUGCUAUUUUACAGCGAUUUUAUACGUCUUCCUUAAAAUUUCUCUGUGCUACAGGAGCAGGGACUGCAACACCCAUAUAGAGGGUCUCACCAGGACCCUACAGCUGUGGUGAGCAGCACUGGGCUGUUCCUCACUGCUGGGGAGGCUCCAUAGCUGUGACAAGCGGCAGCAGGGUCAAGGAUUUACUGUCCUCGAGUCUCCGUGAGGUGGUACCUAGCGCUGCCCACUGCAUCCCCGGCAUCCACCUCCGCUGUCGGGGCUGGGAGCCUCUCAGAGACCACAGUGACCAUCAGCCCUCGGGGAGCAGGAGGCUGCUCCCCGUUAGGCAGCGGUUGCAGGAUGCGAUGUGCAGCAGGUGCUAGGCAGCCUCCAGCCCUUGCAGCAACCACCAUGAGCCCGAAACGCUGCAGGGUCCCUGCUGAAAUAACGCAGGAGAAAGAGGCCAGAGAGCUGCACAAGCCUCCAGAUAACACGCUGGACUCAAUUCCUCCCCUGCCCUGCUGCUGCUGCUGAGUAAAUCCGACCCACGCACUGUCGCAAUUAACCUGUUAAUGCAUUUACUUCGUCAAACGGCCCCUGCUCGCCCUGCUGCGAGGACGCGUGGCUGCCGUGUACAUUCUCGCUAGCCCCAGCUUUUAGACCAGGUUUAAGUCCUCGCUGUGAGCCAGAGCAGCGACCACUUCCCGCUGUAAUUAAGAUGCUAAGCGCCAACCGGCUCCGGGUUACCCAGAAGCUCAAAGGGGAGGGAAGGGAAAUGAGUGUGUAACUUAUAAAUGCCUUUAAGCCAGAAAUGUAAAACAUUAACUGCUAAUUUGUAUACAUUAUUUUUAUAUACUGAAGGCCUGUUUAAUCUAAAGCAGAACUGGUAAUAAA